UUCCUUUUCUUGUAUGGUCUGCAUUUGAGAACGAUUUCUGUCUUUGGCAAUGCACCCGCUUGCAUACAACGCUGCCAUUAUCCCACAAGUAUUCCCAGUAACAUUUGCACUUUUUUUUUUUACUUCUGUAUUCUUGUCUCUUUUUAAAAAAAAAAAAUCCUUCGGUCUGCGUGGAUUAGUUAGAUCGUGUGACUGAACUGAACUGCGAAUGUGAGGGGUCUCUGAACUGCGAAAGCUGAAGCAAGAACCAAAUCCCGAUCGAGUUAAGCUUGCCUGCUCAUCGACGUCCACACCAGAUCUAGCUACUACUAGCUAGCUAGCUCAAGCUUUGAUCUCUGAGUGGGAAUAGAAUCGGAGAAAGGAGCAUUCCCUGCCUUGCCUCACUGAUUGCCGCCGUACGCGAAUGGAACCGGAGGAUAAAGGAGUGGAUGUAGAUCACGCACGCACGCGCGGGUACACCGUCCAUGUUGUCGGAAUCGCAUUCCCCGUCCUCCCGCUCGAUCGGCCUCCUCUUUAUCUUGAGCUCCUCUCCCGCACCUCCUUUCUUCCCCAACACAACACAGGGACACACACAAGGUCCUUCCUCGUGAAGCAGAGCUCGCUCAAGCUCAACAACGAGGAGCUCCUUCCUUGUCGCCUCGCCUUGACUCGCACAGUCCCAGGCCGCUUUCUGCUCUGCUGCCACGCCAUGACCGGAGACAUCUUCCGGCGCAUCGUCGGCGAAGAUGAAGAAGAACAUGACGAUGAGCUUCCCGACGAGGAGCCGGCGUUUUUGCCGGUUGAACGACCUCACCAUGCGCCUGCAUGCAUGCACGGCUCUUCCUCGACAGGUAGUACCUGCUCGUGCCUUGAUGAGGUCGUUCAACCAGCAAAACGGCGGCGGUCGUCGGCGACGGCGGGUCCCGGCGGUGCCUAAGGCGGUCCGUCUUGAGGCACUCGUCAGUGACGACCACGCUGUUGUAAGCAUAUCUCUUGAAGCAGCUGCCAGCCGGCGCCAGCGGCGGCGACCCCAAUACUCCGCGAAGCUCCUUGCCUUCACCUCGAGGGCGCGGACGCGGGACGGAGCGCCUCUCUCCACGGUGUCGCGUGGGGCGGCGGCGGCUGCCGGAGCUAGCGUCGUUGCUCCGGCUCGAAACAUGCGGCCGCCAUGGCCCGGAGAUGAUAUGAUAUUCGAGCCUAUUGUUUUCUAUAUUUUGAAUUUCCUGAGGAACGGCUGCAUCCAUGGCGUUGACUCUUUCUAUCUUGUCUCAUAAAGCAGACACCAAUGAUUUGCUCUAGUUUGAACCUAUUCUUCUCUAUAUUUCGAAUUCCCUCAGGAAUGGAUACAAAUCUUGCAACGAUUCAUGGCUUUGACUCUUUC